AGAAACUGAAUGACAGCACAGAAACAUGGUGGCAUCUCAGUGAAGUGGGCGAUAUUUUCGGCUAGUCAUUAAAAAAUUCAGAAGCUUAUUUAGCAAGUGUGUUUGAUACAAAUUGUAAACACCGCAUCAAUAAGCUUCACACAUUCAGGAUGACGUCUGAAGAAACCCAGAUUUCCGAAGAGCUGAAGGGAUGUUACGAGAAUCUUAUCGUAAUCGACAUCGGCGCAAACCUGACUAACAAGAAAUACGGCCGUGAUCUCGAUUCUGUUGUUCAAAGGGCAAAAGAUGCAGGUGUCCAAAAGAUUAUGGUCACGGGAACAUCAGUCCGAAACAGCAAAGAAGCCCUCCGACUGACUCGCCUCUAUCCUGGUACAAUUUACUCAACAGCAGGCGUCCAUCCUCACGACGCGAAGUCGAUGGUAGAAGAGGACAUGUGGACGGAACUGCGGCAGAUAGCUAGCGCGCCGGAGUGCGUGGCGGUGGGAGAAUGCGGCCUUAACUACAGCAAGGAGUUCUCGGAGCCGCCUGUGCAGAGGGCAGUCUUUAAGCGGCAGGUGGAAAUGGCGUGCGACCUCCAAAAGCCUCUGUUCGUUCACGAGAAGGAAGCGCAGGAGGACCUGAUAGCGAUCCUGUCGGAGUUCGGCAGCCGCCUGCCGCCCGUCGUGGUGCACUCCUUCACCGGCUCCGUGGAGCAGGGGCUCGCCUACAUCGAGCGGGGGUACUAUCUGGGGAUCACAGGGUACAUUUGCAAGGACAAAUCCGACGGCGGCAUCCGACGGCUGCUGGCUGAACAGUUACUGCCCUUAGAUCGUCUGCUGGUGGAAACGGAUUCUCCUUUCAUGUACCCAAACACGCGCGCGUCCAAACUGCCGCUGCACGUCAAAGGCGGACUUACGGAGAGGUCAAUGAACUUCGUGAACCGCUACUGCACGUUUCAACGCAAUGAGCCGUGCGCGCUACCAGCCAUAGUGGAGUUGAUAGCUGGCUUCUUAGCCCAGAAACCUGAGGAUGUCGCUCUCGCCACUGCCUUCAACGCGCUCAAGAUCUUCGGAUUGAGCCAGUGAUGCCAAAUACAGGGUAAGGUGGCUUUGGGUAGAUGUGUAAACAGUUUUGGCUGUUGAAAUAAGAAAACGGUUGAGAAAGGCAGCUUAAAAUAAGAAACAAGUUGCGUAAGGCAGCUUUGAAGAUCCUGGUGACCAAAUGACAGCAAAUGUUUGAAUGUAAGCAACUUGUAAUCUUUUUUGGGAAAAUAAAUACAAGAUAUUUCAUAUACCUUCUAAUGUUUAAAAAGAUGCGAUCCGAGCUACAGUUACCAUUGGACAGUCAGUGUCAAUAAGUUCGUGACACCCAAAGUAGCCAAAAAGUUCGCAACACGUCUUUGUUACAAUUGGAAUAGUGUUAUCAACUAUUGGCCACUUGGGUGUUAAAAUCGAUUUGACGCCGACUGGACAACAUUCUAUUAUGUAUAUUGUCCGCUCGUGUGUCGUCAUAGCAUAAUGGCAGCUUAUAGAUGAGAAAUGUAACUUCAUUUAUUCACACAAUUCAGUGUUCAUGAAACAGAUGAAUGCGUAAUAACUAAUAAGUGUGUGAAUCAUAAAAGAUGACUCCAUUGUCUGAAAAUAGAUUAAACGUAAAGAUUGACCUUGUUCUCAUUUGGUUAUCAGUUUCUAUAUUUCAACUGACUGAGGCAAUAAUAAUGUUAAAAAUUCGUGGUCAAGUAAAAUGUUAUCUUAUUAUGACAGCAGUAAUGGCCAAUUUUAGACACAUCUACCUAAAGUCAAUGUCAAGAGGGCUGCCCCUUUGCUUUAUAAAUCUGGUUACUUUAUUAGAUUAGAACGCUGAUUUUAAACAAUGAAUUCGGGAUAGUAACUGGCUGAGCUAGAAAAUUAUCAAGUUCAAAGUUAUGUAUUUAAAAACCAGACAAUAUAUUUUUGGUCUAUUGACCACGUAAAUCAUGAAGCGAAGGGGUAUUAUUUAACGCAAAGAUUUAUUAAAACAUUUAUUAUAAAGAAUCGAUGAAUAUUCGGGCUUGUUAGCUUGUGCCUUAUAAGAUUAAGAAAGAUUACGAUGUAAGGAAAAAAUCGUAUGGUGGUGUUCCUGUGAAGGAGCAUCGAUCAUUGUAUUUUUGUAUUCAAGAAUUUAUAAAACGAAAAAAAAAUGGUUUCUUCAAACGUCAUCGAAACAAACUAAAUUAUAACGGAACCAACUCGAAAGUACUAAUACUCAUUUAAUUUGUUGUUGCUAUAUUUUGAGGGUAGAAUGGCAACAUGAGGCUGAUUUUCACUAACCAUCAAUAUUGUUCAAAUCUUGCCAACGAUUUUAUGAUUUAAAAACAUCUUUUCGAUGUAUGCCUCUCUAAAUAUAAAUUCCCAAAGGAAAUGUUAUACAUUAAGUUUUGUAACAUGUUUACAUUUAAUUUCUUUUUUUAUGAAAAGCCAAUGAUCCCGUUUUAUAAUCAUUUGGCCGAAUAAAUAUGUAACUGUAUAAUAAAAUGUAAUUGAUUUUACAAAAUCAUAUUAUAUCGAAGUAUUUAUUAUGUUUGAAUAGCGUACCUGAACGCUUAAGUCUAAUAAAUGCCAUUUUUAUUAACAAAAAAUAUGAAAAAAGCAAUAAAAAAAGCAUAAUAUUUUGAUGACGUGUUGUUUAUGGUUAGGUCUUGUCUAUGACUUGUUAAGUGGCUUUGUAGCGGAUUGUGUGCACUCGCCUUAGCAAUAAUAAUAUGGUGGCAAUGGUGGCAGCUUUUAGUCAGUAUGAUCUCAUACUUUACUGUGCGUUUGUGACUGAUGUUAUUGUAAUGCCAUUUUGUGAUACUGGCCUUUACCAAUUGCAUUUUGUGCGAAACCAGAACGACUUUUUACCUAGAUUUAGGUAUUUAUAAUAAAAAUGGAUGUAAUGCGUCGUCCAUAAUGAAAGUGACGUCAUAUUAUCGUUUUGGUUUCAUGUAAAAUGUAUACUGUAAUUAAUAUACAUGUUGUGAAUAAUAUACACAAGAUCGCAAUUUCUUCGUGCGGUCUAUAUCAAAUUGCCAUUAGUUAAGUCCCAUUGAUAUCUGUUGCCACUGUAUCGCUGUUCGCACGGUGUUAGGUAUCUUGUAGUAUUUCGCUCUGCACUGGGCAUUCCUAUUCGAAUUAAUGUAUAUUUUCAUCGAAUAUUAUAAUGUAAAUAGUCAAUGUUAAUUCGCUAGCAGGUGAACCUAUAACAAAAUGACGAUUUUCCCCAAUGAAUUUUGAACUUUGUUUCUUUUAGAAUAAGGUUAAAGUGAUUUUGUUGUAGGUUGAUGUGCCGGCGGUCGUCCUAAUUGUAAAUGUUAAUGCUGGUAGUCACAACGAAAACAAAGACUGCAAGUAUUAAAAUGUGGAAUUUGACAUGUUAAUUAAUUAUUACGGUUUUUUGUAAUAUUUUUUAUGUAUUUAAUCGUUUAAUGUUUAAGAUUACUGUUAUUAAUUCCUUUAUUUUUUGACAGUCACUUGUUGUAGAUGUUAAGUGUUCGGACACUGAUGUAUAAAAGAAAUAUAAUUAUAUACAAUGUCUGGGCACAUGUCGCUUAAUUUAUUAUAGAGUGUAGAGUAUAUUUUCUAAUUGAUUUGUAUACAAAGUAGUGAUGGGUCCUGGAGAUGUAACGUAGUGCCUUUCGACAAAACGUCCUUUGUGAUACAAUAUUUUCUUAGAUUGUACAGAUUAUUUCUUUCAAUAUACAAAUUUAAAAUA